CAAAAUGGAACUUAAUGAUGUUACAAAUGGGAAUGAGAUCUCCAAAAAUUCCCAAAGGAUUAUGUUUGAAGACGGUGAUAUUAACAUUAGUGAGAGCAAAGAGAGCGACUAUUUUAGUGAUGAUAAGAACGAUCAGAAGUUCCCUGAGACUAAAGCUCAGAUUUCUUAUCCUGGAAGCCAAAUUAACAUUGCUAAGAAGCAUCUAAGUACACAGGAUCAGAAUUUUAGCAGGUUUUCAAUUAGGCAAGCCGCUUUAUUUCAAUCUGCGAAUAUGAACCAACUGGAUAAGGUAUUUCCAGACUCUAAUUUUGCUCCGAGUAAUCCAGACCUGAACAUGGACAAGAAGCCUACAGUCAAUCAUUUGAUGUCAGAAGCUUCAAGAGAAGGAGAGAAAGAUGAAGAGGCAGACCAAGACUUUGAAGGGAUGAUAUCAAUCAAAUUUAAGAAAACGUUCCUUUUCUAUCAAGAAAGCCGCUUUCGAAUCCGAUGGGAUUUAUUAGUCAUGUUCGUGGCGGUAUAUAACUGCUUUGAUGUCCCUUAUAAUGUGGCAUUUACUGAUAAAAAUCAUCAGCCUCUGUAUUCAACAAUUCUGGAUGCUCUAACUAAUCUUCUCUUUAUCCUUGAUUUAUUGAUCAACUUUGUAACAACUUACACAGACAAAGCUACUAAAGUUGAGGUGACUUCCUAUUCUAAAAUUGCUAAACACUAUUUGAAAGGGAAGUUUUGGAUAGAUCUGAUUGCUUCAAUUCCUUUUGAUUACAUCAGAUAUUUAGAUCCAAGCAGUAACACAAUUCCUUUUGAAUUGUUGAGCUUAUUGAAACUAGUGAGAAUUUUGAGGCUUUCCAAGCUAAUCACCUACAUGAACAUUAGAAACGAAGUGAAAUCCUCUCUGAGACUUAUCAAACUAGUAUUUUUCCUGUUACUCUUCUUACACUGUCUCGGCUGUUUCUGGUUCUUUUUGGCAAAGCAAACAGAGAAGUGGAUCCCGCCGUUAGAUUAUGUGUACAUUACAACAACAAUUUAUUCAGAAAGCAGUGUUUUUCAGUACUGAAGCGCUAUCUACCAUGCAGUUCUGCUUCUUGGAGGGAACGAUAUAGGACCAAGAGGAGAAUACGAACUUGUGUUUACAUGACUCGCUCUCUGAAUCUGAGCCAUCACCAACGCUAUAAUCUUCGGUAACUUCGCAGUUAUGUUACAAGCCAUGAACAGGAAGUCAACUCAAUUUCAAGAAAAGUUGGAGACUACCACAGAUGUGAUGAAGAAUAUGAACUUGAAUGAGAAUGUGAAGAGCCAGAUCAAGCAUUUUAUGGAGUAUACAGAUACUCAUCUUCAGAGUCAGAAUGAGAUGAAUGAUUUUUUCCAGAUUUUAUCUCCUAGUCUGAAGAAAAAGGUCAUGACUAAUAUGUUCAAAGACUGCCUCAUGACAAAUGAUGUGUUAGAGAAAAAGGAAGACCUAGUCACCCUUCUUUGAGAGAAAUUAGAAAUUAAGGUCUGAGUCCCCGAAGAAAAUAUCGUAAUUCAAGGUGAUGAGGCUGACAGCAUGUUCUUCUGUGCGAGAGGAUCUCUCAAUGUUCUAGUAGCUGACGAAUUUCAGAAAUUCUCUCUUGCCAAUACUAUAUCAACUGGUAGUUAUUUUGGAGAAGUCGCUUUGCUAAAAGACUGAAAGAGGACAGCUACGGUUACGAGUAGCAACUAUGGAACGCUAGGUGAGCUAUCACGUAAUGAUUUUGAUGCACUACUUGGUAAUGUUCCUUCUAUCAAAUCUUUGAUGAACGAUCAUAUCCACUCUACUUAUAAUGACAAAUGGAGAAAAUUUAUGCACAGAGCUUUGAGAAGUAUAGAUUAUCUUACAACCGGAGUAUCAAAUCGAGUAAUCAACGAGCUUUCGUACCAAUUCGAAUACAUUACACUUGAAGAAGGAAGAUAUUUAUUUCAAGCAGGAGAAAUUUGAGAUAGCAUAUACGUGGUUUGUUCAGGAGAACUUAACAUAUUCAUCAAAAAUACAAACAAGGAGUCAUACAUUGACACACUUUAUACUGGAUGUACUCUUGGAGGUUAUGGAUGCCUCAACAGCGAACUUUAUAUCUCCUCAGCUAGAGCUAAGUCAGAAUGAGUGAUUAUGCGAUGCCGGAUUGAAAAAGUUCAAAAUUUACGUAAGGAUCAUAAUUCUUUAAACCUUAUGAUGGUCGAAUACGAGAACUAUAUCGAUCACACUCCUCCCCCAGUAUGUGACUACAAGCUAUACAGGUACAAACUUUAUAAAAUGAGUGUCAAAAAGCGUCUUUUGCUUGGUAUCAGCAGGCUUAAUAGAAUAAUUCGGUCAACCCAGACCUAUGAGAUUCGUGAGUUGCUACAUCAAGCUAAAGUUAAAGCCCAAAUGAAGCAUGACCAUUCAGAAACAAUCAGGAAGAACAAUAUUCUGAGACGAGUGCCUGCCAAUGACACUCAAAGGAACGAAAAAGCACUUCUUAGCCUCCAUGUUAAGAUUGAUAAGAUGGCUGAUGUCAUUGAUGUGCAAAAAUAAGGAAAUAUUCUUCCUGAAGAAGAGCAUUGUAGGCAAGCUCAACAAGCUUCUUGAUGCACAGGGAAUUCAAUAUGAAGACACUACCGUUUAUUCACAUUUUGACAAAGUUAAAGUAGAGGAUGUGGCUGGAGGUAUCCUAAAGGACACAAUCCCAGGCCACCAUUCUCCUAUGCAUCGCUAUGGUGCAUCCAAGUCAUUACUCCCUAAUUACCUCGGAGGAGAUAAGGACAAGGGCAAUAAGAAUGUUAAACUCAAGAAGAGUUCAUUCCAAUCGAAACAUUCGAAAAUUUCCAAAGAGAGGAAUACAAUAUAAAUCAGCCUUCCGAGAACUGGAGUUUAGCUGAGAAGACAAAGAAACCAAGCAUAGCUCAAGACUUGGACUGGAGGAAGAGUCCUGAAUACAAGUUCCAAAAAUAUGAAACUGUAGCUGAGAAGUUACUGGGGAGCGAGCUUGAUGAUUUUCAGGAGAGAGAUUCUUUGAAUAAUGAUACUCAGCAACUAGAGAAAAAGCAGUAUAGGAAUGAGAGCAAUGAUCAUUCUGCUCUAAAUGAUUUAGGACUUGAUAGUAUUGAAUCGACAAACCCGCUUAAUGCUGAAGCUCGAAAAAUGUCUGCUUUAGAAGAUAUAGAAAAAAUUGAAUCUGGUGAAAGAUCUCUGAAGAAAACAGCAGUUACACCAGACAUAACACAAAAUCCUGAUUUUAAGAAAUUAUAGAUUUAAAAUAUACUUUUCUAUGAUCUAAUUAUUAACCUU